AUGUCUUUCGAUCUCCCCCAAGCUCCUGUGGCCCUACAUUCCCGUGGCGCACUGUCCCACGAGACCGUUGCCUUGACGCCCCUAAGAUCGACAGAGCCGUUGACACCCCGUGCAAACAACCUACCUUACCACCGUCGGGCCAACACCGAACUUGCGAGACCUCCACGCUUCCACGAAGAACUCGAAGACCUCGGCGAACUAGAAACAAUACGUCCGAAGAACUGGACGGGCAACUCGAAGAAGAAGUUCGAAACCCGAGCUCGGGUGUUAUCAGACUGGUUCCAGGGCAAAUCGGACCCGGUGGAUUUGGGUCUGAAAAUGGCACCCAACGCUGAUGGGUCAGGGGAAACACGAUCUCAUUUCGUCUCACAUACUCGACAACACUCGACUCCCGUCACAAAUCGUUUCUCUUUCUUCGGCCUCCGUCGACAGCCUAGCAAACCUAGCUUCCCUGAACCGGCCGAAGAUGAGUUCCUAAACCUCGAUAUCGCAGCUGCGCUGUCACUACCCGAGUCGGACUCCGAUGAUGAGGCACUGGAUGCCUUGCGGGACCAUGCUGAUAAGGUGCUACGACGCAUGCAAGAUGCCUACAAACAACGCACCUUCGCCAUGCACCAAGCCCUGGCCGAUAAGAAUGAAAAGCAAGAAGAGCUCGAAGAAACUCGCUCACGGGUCGAUCAUUUGAAGAUGCAGCUGGACGGCAUGGCAGCGAAGGUGCUCGACCAAGAAAAAGCCAUGCAGGCCAUGGCGGAGGAGUUGGAACAGGAGAGACGGCUGCGAAAGGACGAGGAGUCCCGAAGUCGCAGCCGCACCCUCCGCACCGUCCCCGUGGACGAAGAUACCCCCGCCCUGGAACUCCAGACUCCUCGUCGCGGCAGCAAACGUGCCAGCCAUAGUACAUUCACAAGUGACUCAGGCUUCGAGUCUGGCGACGAGAGUAUUGCCGAUAGUGUGUUCUCCCACCGGGAGGGUAUUGAGUCUCCCACAUCGACUCUGGCAGCUCCAUCUCCCAAUCUGUCGCAGAUCGCCUUGUCUACGCCGACUGGCCCGACACCUACACCUGCCAUUCAGAAGAGUCUCGUCGCGGUCACCAAUGGGCCGGCGCCUGCACGGUCCUCGGCAUACGACCGCGUGCUCAAAGGACUCGCCUCCACGCGUCUCGGAAGCUCUUUUGGCACUAACAACGCGUCUAAUUGUAACAAUUGUUAUGGCGUCCCAGCUUCCGAGGCGUGGAGCGUGAUGGGAGUUUUGAAAGAGGAAAACCGGGGUCUGAAGACUAGACUUGGCGAACUUGAAGUUGUCAUUGAUGACUGCUUGGGGAUGGUUGGUCCUUGA